UUCACUUUUGACAGAUAUCAUCGAAGUAUUGUCAGCUUUUUGAGAAUUGAAUACAAUGCCAUAUUUUGUAAUCAGUGGAAAACCAAAUUGUCCACAUUUUAUGCAUGCCAUCCACGUCGCUAAAUAUUUAUCAGAAAGACUACCGAAUUUUAUUUACCAAAAAGUUGAAAAGUUGGCAACGGAAUGGGCAAAAUACGUUUACAAACUCAACAAAGAAAAUACAUGGUACAUAACUGAAAGUCCGCUAAUAUGGAAAGAAAUCAACAUAUGGGGCGGAAAAAAGCACCUCAUAGGUGGACUGAGUGAAUUUUGGGAGUAUGUUUACUGCUACUAUGGCUUAGAAUCUAUUUGUCCCAAAACAGACCUGGAAAAACUUGCUGCAGACAACCUCAAGUUCUUUGUGCAACACCAGAAGAUAGCAAUGGAGAAUGAGAAAAAUGUACGUGUUAUUGCCAUUCAUGGUGCUUCUGCACCCCAAACAUUUCAUCUCAUUGAUAGCUUGCUCCAAAUAUCAGACUUGGAGAAGCGAGAAGGAAUGUGCUUCAAACUCUAUGACACACAAAGCAAUUUCGAAAAAUCUGAUGAGACCACGACUUACUUCAACAAUCUCAGUAUUUACGGAAAUCGGAAUGUUGUCACCAUUGCUGCUACUGAAGAAGAAGCUGUUAAAGACGUAGAUAUACUCAUCCAUGUUGGAGAUUUCAGAAAGAAGAUUCGGGAAAAUAUGCAAGCAUGUUUGAAACGUUGCUUCAUCAGCAUGCAGCAUCUUGCAGAAAUCAUCAACAAGCAUGCAAGACGUAACUGCAUUGUAAUCAUGAACAACCAUGGACCGGUAUGUUUCCUGGCCACCUGUCUUGUGGAGAUGUGCACGAGGCUGAGACCCUCUAAUAUCGUAGCUGUGACAGCUGACAUGGGUCUCUCAGUUCUAAAUGUCGUUUCAGAAGAAAGUGGGAUUCCUGUUGAAAAACUCAGCGCUCCUCCAGUGUGGGGUUCCGUGGGGUUGUGUUCCUUCGUAGACGAAAGGCAUAUCGUCUUCAAGGCUGAUGUUUAUAGACCGUAUGAAAGGGCUCUUUCUUCUCCUAUUGGUUCAACUCUGCCACUUGGCACCAUGAAGUCUGAACUCAGAUUGUUGACGAAUUUGAUGACUGAUCAUGAAAAAAUCAAGAGAACCAUAGAUGAAAGACAUGCAAAAAUGAAUGUGAGGUUGAAUCGUGCCCCAAUAUUGGCGAAAAUUAGAGCAGUUACAAGUCUAUUGAAACUCUGGUUUGCCAGUCCAUAUUCCGAUAGUAUAAUUUCUUUGGGAGUUUCUUCGAAUGGUUCCUUUGGGAUAACCCCAGGUAUAGUAUUUUCUCAACCCGUGAAACUAGAUGAUAGAGGAAAAUGGGUCCCAUUUGACACGUUUCCACUUCUCAGUGAUUUUACUAGAAGUCAGAUACAGGAAUGCGUUUCUGUCUGCUCGGAAGUAUUGCAACUAUGUGGCAUAGAGAAAAAUGAUGAUAUUUCACCUGUUGAUAUUGUGUCGAUGGAUAGUGACAGUUCUUCAACGCAAGAUGACGAAGAAUCAGAUGGUAACAAAAUAAAUGAGGGCGAAACCUUAGGAAAAAGUGGAAACAUAGACGAACAUGAAGAAGAGAAAGAAGGUAUGAAUGAAGUGAAGAGUGGUAAAGAAUCAGACAAUGGAGAAGUAGACAAAGAGGAAAAAACCGUUGACAAUAAUGAAGAGAAGGAGAAAAACGAAGAAAUAGGGAAAGUAGGAGAUGAACAGACAUAUAAAAGAGCAGAAAUGGAUACCGAUGAAAUAAUAGAAAUAAAAGAGAAAAUUGUGACGAUAGAAGUACAGGAGAGUGAAGAAAAUAUUAAUGUUGAAAAAGUUGGUACUGCAGAAAAAACUCAUAAUGAAGUUGCUCAAGGUUUGGAUGGAGAAGAAAACAUGGGAACGAAGGAAGGUGAAUAAUAUUGAAUGAUAGCCAAAGAUGCAAAUGUCAUCUCAAUGUGAUUUUAUUCAAAACUGAGAAAUAUUAUAACACUCGGUUUUUUAUACAAUCAAAAAUGUUUGCUUAUGUGGUAAAUUUAAAUUCUUUAUAUAAAAAUAGAACUACAAAUUUGAAAUUAUUGCUGAGAUCAUUUCGAUACAAGAUUAUAUUAAAUGGAAUGUUAUAUUGCUUUAGGCACAUAUAAUAGUGGUCAUACCUAUUUGUACAAAAAAUACAUUUCAUCUUAUUCUAAUUUUCUAUUCGAUAGAGUCAACACGAAAAAAGUUAUCUUUCAUUGUGAAUAUCUACAGAAAUGAGUAGAAAUAGUAAUAUAUUUAGUAUAAUCAAAAAUAAAUCCAAACAAAAUUGUACUAAUCAGAAUACUAAGAUAUAAUUAUUAUAACUUAAAGUGUUUGACACGUUUCCAUAUCAGAAUAUGAAUAUCCACAGUUAACAGACAAAUAAAGAUGCAUGUUUUAUUUGAAAGAAAGUGGAGAAUAAAAUUUCAGUCUUUUGAUAUUGUUUUCUUAUCAAUUUACAUU